AUGGUCGCUAUCAAGCUCGCUUUCAUCAGCACUUUGCUGGCCACUGCCUUCGCCUUGCCCGCGGCCAGCGGCCCAAGCGAGAGCCCCGUCCUUGAUGUGAGCGAGAUUGAUGCGCGAGGAGAGAUUGCCAGACGCGGACAAGGCAUCCACCUGGUCAACUGCCCCAGGAACUCGCUCAUCGUGUACUGCGCAAAUGACGGCAGCAGCAGCUGCAACUCGUACCCGUCGUCCAACAACGUCGUCAGGUUCGGAUCCCUCUUCCAGUGGGAGGGUGGCAACUACGGCGGCACCUUCUCGACGGGCGUCGUCUUCUCGUGGCAGAUUGCAUUCAACGCCCAGACCAACCUCUAUCCCAACUAUUCGGGGGUUGGCUCGGGCACCAACGGCUUCACCACGUUCGACUGCUUCAAGGACGACAAGCACACCAUGUUCAACGACGCCAACGGCUCAGGCGCCUGCAAGGCCAUCUACUACUGCCUGCCCGGCACCGGAAUGGUUGGAAACGGGCGGGUGAAGGAGCGGGAAGCCCUGGGCGACUCUGCGCCGGCUGUGCCUGUAUAG